UGUCAUCCCUGAUAUGUGGGAAGCGUUUGUCUUUUUAUCCGGUUCGUUUUAAACACUUUCGUCGUACUUUAAACCACCGAGACUUGAAAUGGCUGACUACUGGAAGUCACAACCAAGGAAAUUCUGCCAGUACUGCAAAUGCUGGAUCGCGGACAACAAGCCUAGCGUCGAGUUCCACGAAAGAGGGAAGAAUCACAAGGAAAAUGUGGCUUUAAAAAUCUCUGAGAUUAAAAAGAAGAGCGUGGACAAGGCCAAGCAGGAGGCCAAGCAGUCGAAAGAGUUCGCGGCAAUGGAGGAGGCUGCCGAGAAAGCAUACGAGGAAGAUCUGAGGAGGCUGGAGAGGGAGGCCAAAGGAUUGCCGGAAUUGUCUGAAAUUAUACCUGCACCGCUGGUGAUACCUCUGGUGAUAAAUGAGGUGAAACCUGAGUGGAGAGCUCAGGUCAAAAAACAGAAAAAGCAAGCAAGAAAGCUAAAAAGCCAAAUGGAGGCACAGGUUUGGGCUGAAGAGCAGACGGGAGAUGGACACACGUACUAUUACAACACAACAACUAAAGAAUCUAAAUGGGAAAAACCAGAAGGUUUCCAUGGCCAAAACCCAGCCUCUGCACAACCUGGACAGACACAGAGCCCUUCAGGCUGGCGUUGGAUGGAAGCUUUCAGUCCUGAUGGUCAUAAAUAUUACUACAACUCAGAGACCGGAGAAACCAGCUGGGCGAACCCAGCAGGCUUCCCUUCAAUUGUACCACCUGGAACUGAGGUCACCCGAAAGGUAGAGAGUCAGGAGAAGCCUUCAACCCCGCAUCCAGGAGGAGAGGAGGAGGCGUCCAGCGAGGCCGCGGUACCGCUGGAGGCUGAAAUCCCUGAACAAGAAAGCCAGCUGUCCAAAACUACAAAGAUCAGCUUCAGGAAAAGGAAAACAGAAGCCGAGCCAUCAGAAAAGGAGGGAGGAGAUAAAGUGAGUGACGAUGCUCCUAAAGUGGAGGCCGAAGAGAUAAAGAAAGAGAAAGCGGUCCAAAGCACGACGGCUGAACCCGAAGAGAAGAAAAAGAUUGAGGCGGCGGCACCGGCGAGGAGACAAGCCAGAAGGUCCAAAACCGCCAAUCCAUAUGGCACCUGGGAAAAGAUCAAGGAAGUGGAGGAUCCAUACUCCAAGGUGGACUUACAGUUGCCGAAGGUGAAGGGAUACAUCGUCAGAGCCAGCACUCCGGCCGAUCUGCCACCGGAGCCUAAACCGAAGUUCAGGGAACGCAUCAUCACGUCCCUCGGAGUGGAAGGCGGACCCGCCUCGUUCAAGAAAAACAAGACACAGAACGGCAAAUCCAGGAGCCUCCGGCAACGGGACGACGACGACUGACCCGAAUACAUAAAGACUUCACGCAGCAGAAGACUUUUACACAAAUAAAACUCUUUCUAGGAGCUUUUUUUUAAAUCUUCAGGCAUAUUUAAUGUUGUAGGAGUGUUUUUCUUUUCUUUACAUAAGAUGCACACGUCUUUUUUCGACCACCAGUUUUUGUAUGAUGUCAUAACGAAGGUGUGCAACACUUCUCUAGUCUUAUCUCACGUGUACAUUGUCAUUUCAUCCCGUUUUAUUUACAGCAAUUGUAAUAACUUUUUGUAUUUUAAACUCAUAAAGCAGCAAGAUCAAGGAUGGGAACCGAGUGACCUCAAUAAAUGACCACUGUCCAGA